AUGCAGAAUGGAUGGAACGAUUCAAGGAGGAUGAAAAGUUUUUCUUUGUUCGGAAUCAUGUCUCUCUUUAUGGCAAUGGUCAUCUGUGUGGAAGCCAAUAAAAGCAGCAUCCCAAGUCGAAAAACCGAAGAAAUUCACCGUGGAAGCAAGUUGAUGAUAACAAAGACAGCGGUGAGUGUAAUAUGUUCCUCCACCGAUUACAAACAAGAAUGCAUAGAGACUCUGGAGACUGUGAGGUCCCCGGAUCCUCGCAAUCUGAUUAGAGCUGGCUUUGAUCUGGCAAUCAUAUCGAUUCGUACUGGAAUAAAUAAGGGGAUGAUUGAUGUAAAGAGCAGGGCAGACGCAGAUGUUCAAACAAGAGACGCACUUAAUAGUUGUCGAGAGCUUAUGGAUUUUGCAAUUGAUGAUCUUCUAAAAACGAGGGACACAUUCAAAGGGUUUUUGUUCACCAGAUUAUCAGAUUUCAUUGACGAUCUUCUAGUGUGGCUAAGUGGUUCAGUCACAUACCAACAAACGUGCAUCGACGGAUUUGAAGGGAUUGAUAGCGUAGCAGCUGAGAUUAUGGAAAUGGUCAUGAGGAAGGGGCAGCAUCUCACUAGCAAUGGUUUAGCGAUUGCCUCAAAUCUCGGUGCUUUGUUGAAGACUUUUCGUAUUCCGAUUCCUAUUCUCAGGCCAGGAAGGGAUGGACUCGGCAUUUUUGGUUCGGAUUCUCCACAAGAACGGCCAUUGGAUUCUCCGGAUGAUUCUCCUCAAAUGGGAGAUUCAUCCGAUAAUCAACAAUCUCCUCAAAUGGGAGAUUCUUCUGAGAAUCAACAGUUGGAUUCUUCCAUGAAUUCUCCUCCUCAAAAUUUGAAAAGUUCCAAGAAACAACCGUUGGAUUCUUCUGAGAACCAACUGCUGGAUUCUUCCGAGAACCAACCGCUGGAUUCUUCUGAAAACAAACCGCUGGAUUCUUCCAAGAAUUCUCCUCAAAAUUUAAACCCUUCCAAGAAUCAGCAACUAGAUCUUUCUGAGAGUAGAGCUUCAGAUUCUUACAGUACCCAGCCGUCGGAUUCUUCCAGAAACCAACCUCUAGAUUCUUCGGAGAAUACUCCUCAAAAGUUAGAUUCUUCAGAAAGCCGACCGUUGGAUUCUCUUCGAAAAGUAAAUCCGCUCCGAGCAUUGAAUCCUUUUGGAAAAUUGGAGGACAGACACUUAUCAGAGGAAACAGGGUUCCCAAGGUGGAUAACAACGCAUUCCCGGAGGCUUCUUGUAGAACACGGAAGAAGAAGUGCAAACGUAGUGGUGGCAAAGGACGGGAGUGGUAAGUGCCAGACAAUCGAACAAGCAUUAGCAAUGGUACCAAUGAAGAACCGAAGGAAGUUCGUGAUUUACAUAAAACAAGGUGUCUACAACGAAAAGAUUGAGGUAACAAAGAAAAUGAAAAAUGUCAUGUUCAUUGGAGAUGGGCCGACAAAAACCAUCAUCACCGGAAAUGUCGCCUUUUUGCCCGAUCGCAUCGGCACCUACCGCACUUCCACAGUCGCGAUAAAUGGUGACUAUUUCAUGGCGAAGGACAUAGGGUUCGAGAACACGGCCGGAGCAGCACGCCAUCAAGCAGUUGCACUCCGAGUUUCAGCCGAUUUUGCUGUGUUCUUCAACUGUCGUAUGGAUGGUUACCAAGACACACUUUACGUCCAUACACACCGUCAAUUCUAUCGUGACUGCAGCAUCUCAGGCACCAUUGAUUUCGUCUUCGGUGAUGCCAAAGCCGUUUUCCAAAACUGUGAAUUUGUCAUCCGCCGUCCCAUGGAUAACCAGCAGUGUAUCGUUACAGCCCAAGGACGGAAAGACCGGCGUGAGACGACGGGGAUCGUCAUCCACAAUAGCCGUAUAACUGGUGAUGAAACAUAUCUUCCCGUCAAAGACAAGAACAGAGCGUUUUUGGGACGACCUUGGAAGGAAUAUUCAAGGACAAUCAUAAUGAACACAAUAAUCGAUGAUGUGAUAGACCCAGAAGGUUGGUUGAAGUGCAACGAGACUUUCGCUCUCAACACGUUGUUCUACUCCGAGUAUCAAAACAGAGGCCGUGGUUCAGAUCAGGCCAGCCGGGUCAAAUGGAGGGGUAUUCAACAAAUCUCCGAUAGGCAAGCGAGAGGAUUCGCUCCGGGGGAUUUCUUACGUGGCAACGCAUGGAUUCCAAAGAGACGCAUUCCUUACAACGCUUAUUGA